AUGGCGGACGCUCCCAACGAUGCGCCUGCUGCUGCGCCUUUCCAGGCCGUUCAAGUCGAGGCUCUGGUCAUCAUGAAGAUCGCCAAGCACUGCUCUUCGGCUUUCCCCUCUGUUGCGACCGGAGCUAUUGUCGGUAUGGAGAGGGAAUCUCUCCUCGAGGUCACCAACACAUUCCCUUUCCCUACCGUCGACCCCGCCACGACCGACAACAACAACAACAACAACAACCACCAGAACGAUGCCUCGCAGCUCGCCGCUGCUGCUCCCCGACAGAAGGGCAACAUUCACUACCAGAACGAGAUGAUCCGUCAUCUCAAGGAGGUCAACGUCGAUGCCAACAACGUUGGUUGGUACACAAGUGCCACCAUGGGCAACUUUGUCAACAUGAACUUCAUCGAGAACCAGUUCCACUACCAAAGCGCCAACGAGAACACCGUCGCCCUUGUCUACGACGCCAGCAAGAGUUCUCAGGGUAACCUGACCUUCCGGGCUUUCCGCCUGUCCCCCGCUUUCAUGACCGCCUACAAGGAGGGCAAGUUCACAACCGAGAGCCUACAAAAGUCGAAGCUUACCUUCAAGGACAUCCUCAGCGAGAUUUCCGUCAACGUCCACAACUCUCACCUCCUCACAACCUUCCUCCACCAGAUUCCCUCGGCUCCCAUCAAGGGCGAUAUUGAGCAGCCCUCAUCGCUAGCUGACCUCAACCGCAACGCUCUUGAGCCUCCCCUGUACCCCUCCAUCGACAACUUGGACCUUGCGAUCGACCCCUUCCUCGAGAAGACCUGCGAUCUCCUCCUCGAGAGCAUCGAGUCGCACUACACCGACCUCAACAACUUCCAAUUCUACCAGCGACAGCUCGGCCGUGAGCAGACCAAGAUCACACAAUGGCAGACCAAGCGCAAGGCUGAGAAUGCCCAGCGCGCUGCUGCCAAGCAGGCCCCUCUGCCUGAGGACGAGUGGCAGCGACUGUUCAAGCUUCCCCAGGAGCCCAGCCGACUGGAGGGUAUGCUGAACGCGAAGCAGGUGGAGCAAUACAGCAAGCAGGUGGAUGGAUUCACAGCCAACGUCAGUGCCAAGAUGUUUGCCGUGCGGGAGGAUCUGUUGCCCAAAUAG